AUGUCCAUAGUCUUAACCUUCUCCUACUUCUUCUUCUUCCCCUACAUGGCUACAUAUUCUCUUCUUCCCCUACAUGGCUACAUAUUCCCGUCAGGUCACAUUGAUGGCACAACUGUCGCACCUCCUAAGACCAAAGCGCCUGAUGCAACAGGUGUCUCCACUCCGAAUCUUGAAUACCUUACUUGGCUUGAAGCAGAUCAGAAGGCUUUCCUCAUUAUUCAGGCGUCUUUAACUGAAGUCACCAUGGCUGAAACAUUAGGCCUCACGACUGCCUAUGAUGUUUGGUGUUCUCUCCCACUUGAUUAUCGUCAAGACUCACAAGAAAGGAUGCAAAAUCUCAAGGACAAUCUUCGUUAA